AGAAGAGCCGCCGGUUGACACAACACUGAUGCUAAUGUAGCCUCAUAUUAGCGGUGUUUUAACAGAAUAAUUCUGUUUCAGCUCUUUAAAGUAUUUUAGAAAUUGUAGCGUAGGCUUUUGAAAGGCCUUACUGGAUCAAAUCCACCGGCUGCACAGAAUGUUGGCUGCAGGAGCAGCUGUGACCACAGCACUGGCACAAGUGGACAGAGAGAAGAUCUACCAGUGGAUCAAUGAGCUGUCCAGUCCAGAGACCAGGGAGAACGCGCUCCUGGAGCUCAGCAAGAAGAGGGAGUCCGUACCAGACCUGGCUCCCAUGUUGUGGCACUCCUGUGGAACCAUAGCAGCCCUGCUGCAGGAAAUCGUUAACAUCUACCCAUCAAUCAACCCCCCCACCCUGACAGCACACCAGUCCAACAGAGUCUGUAAUGCUCUCGCUCUCCUCCAGUGUGUAGCCUCCCAUCCAGAAACAAGGUCAGCUUUCCUGGCUGCACACAUCCCACUGUUCCUCUACCCGUUCUUACACACAGUCAGCAAAACACGGCCGUUCGAGUACCUCCGCCUCACCAGCUUAGGAGUCAUAGGUGCUUUGGUGAAAACAGAUGAGCAGGAGGUGAUCAACUUUCUGUUGACAACAGAGAUAAUUCCUUUGUGCCUUCGCAUCAUGGAGUCUGGAAGUGAACUCUCCAAAACGGUUGCUACCUUCAUCCUACAGAAGAUUCUCCUUGAUGACACGGGGCUGGCAUACAUCUGCCAAACAUAUGAGCGCUUCUCCCACGUUGCCAUGAUUCUAGGUAAAAUGGUCCUCCAGCUCUCCAAAGAGCCAUCAGCUCGCCUCCUCAAGCAUGUAGUGCGAUGUUACUUAAGGCUCUCUGACAACUCCAGAGCCAGAGAAGCUCUGCGACAGUGCCUCCCCGACCAGCUCAAAGACACCACCUUCGCUCAGGUCCUGAAGGAUGACACCACCACCAAACGCUGGCUGGCCCAGCUGGUGAAGAACCUGCAGGAGGGUCAGGUCACCGACCCCCGGGGGAUACCUCUCCCUCCACAGUGACCGCCUCACCCCCAUUCCUCCCUGCUCCUCACCCACCCCAAGGAACACCAGCAAGGAACUGCCAAACAAAUGACAAGCCUUCAGUCAUGGACAGCACAGUUUUUAUGAGAGACUUGAAAAAGAAAAGCCUGCUGCCUCCUUAUGUUUCUGUUCAGAUGUGCAAGCAAGAGGCUUGAGCUUCUGCAAUUCUGUUCUCAUGGAACCUCAUUUUUAAAGACAUUCACAUGUGUUGCCUCACCAUGUGGUCUGCAACUGACUUGAAUAAAUGGUUGCAAAGCAUAAAA